GUUUUUAAUGGGAAACAAGUGUUUGAAACAUCAUGAAAAUGAAAUAAAGUGCAGAAAUACUUUUGUUGAUGAGUUUUAUGCAUUUAAGUAAUUAAAUGACCAGAACACAAGAGCAAUACUCAAUUCAGCUAGUAUAAAAGACUAUUAAUUACUUAAAGUGUUAGGUAGAGGUGGGUUUGGAAAAGUGAUGUUAGUUUAACAGAAAAAGAAUAGUAAAUAAAUAUUUAUAAUGUAAUAGAUAAACUAUAUGCAAUGAAAAUAAUAAAUAAGAGAAAUUUAACAUCUGAAUGGAUGAGAAGAAGUGCAAAAAUAGAAAGGUAAUUGUUGGAGAUUUUAGACAGUCCAUUCAUUGUUAAAUUAAUAGAGGCAUUUUAAACAUAAUAGAAAUUAUAUUUGGUUGUAGAAUAUAUGAGUGGAGGAGAACUAUUUUAAUAUUUGAAACAUUAUGGUAAUUUUUCAGAGGAUGUAGCAAAGUUCUAUGCUGCUUAGAUUUUAUUAUCUUUAGAAUAUUUACAUUCUAAUGGUAUAGUAUAUAGAGAUCUUAAACCAUAAAAUAUUUUAUUAGAGAAAGGCUAUAUCAAACUUACAGACUUUGGAUUAUCAACUAGAAAUGAAGGACUUUAAUUCUCAAAAUGUGGAACUAUUGAUUAUUUAGCACCUGAAGUAUUAGGUAAUUAGGGUUAUACUAAUAAAUGUGAUAUUUGGAGUUUUGGCGUUGUACUUUAUCAAAUGUUGAUCGGAUGUGAUACUGAUUAAAUUGAAUUUGAAAAUGCUGUUAUUUCUAAUUAAGCAAAAGAUUUAUUAUCACAUUUACUUGAUGUCAAUGUUGAUACCAGAUUUAAUCUUUUAUAGGCUAAAUAACAUUACUUUUUUCAUGAUAUUGAUUUUGAAGAAUUGUCUAAAAAGAACAUUACACCUUAAUCUAUGUUUUUGGAGCAUAGUGUAUCAAAAUUCAUUAAUCUCAUAGAAAUUCAAGUUCUUUUCUAAGAGUUGUUUAGAAUAAUCAGCUAUUGACACUGAAGAAUCUGAAUGCGCUAGUCAACUUAGUUAAUUUACAUAUAAUCAUUAUAAAUCCAAAAUUUCAAGAGCUGAUACAUUAUGUAGUUCAUAUGGUGUGCCUAAGUCUUUUUGAAACAGAAUAUGUGCCAUUAAUAAUG